AUGCGUGUGAGCAGGACACAGGGCAUCAUACUGCUGGCUGGCUUCCUGACUUACGUGGUGAUGGGGGCCCUCGUCUUUGAGAUUCUGGAGAAGGAUCACAACAAAAAAGUAAUAGAUACAGUGUUUCACCUGAAACAUGAUUUUCUUUUGAACUACACCGCUCGCACCCCAGAAGAGGUGGAGUUAUUCAUACAGAAAUUAAUAAGAUAUGUUCGGAAGGGCAUAAUUCCAGCAGCAACCCACCCUUCAGAAAAAUACAGCAACUGGGAUUUCGCUAAUUCUUUCUUCUUCGUGGGCACUAUGUCAGUUCUUCCACAGUGGGCCUGUCCGGUCCAAGGAACAGGAGGGAGACACUUGAAGCUCCCAAAUAAUUAUCCUACCACCAAGUGCAUCCGCAUAAAGGAGAUCAGCUAUGGAAACGUCUCUCCGCAAACGAAAGAAGGUCAGAUCUUUUGUAUUAUUUUUGCUCUCUUUGGAAUCCCCUUCUGCCUCAUCUGCUUGAACUAUAUUGGCUUUUUAGUCUCAAGACUCUUCGAAAGCUGUUCAAGGAAUGUGUUUGGGAAAGGAAAGAAGAAAACAGCAAGAUAUAUUUUCGUCUUCGUGGUUGUGGGAAUUCUAAUGUUUAUUAUUUUGCCAUCGUUCCUCUUUCAAUGGAUGGAGGGCUGGACUUUUUAUGAAGCUGUCUAUUUUACAUUUAUAACACUUAGCACCAUUGGUUUUGGAGACUAUCUAAUAGGGAGGAACCAUGACAGGAGCUAUUUUAUGGGCUACCAGCUGCUUGCAGCCAUUUGGAUCGUCAUUGGACUGGCCUGGAUAGCUGUGCUGUUUGAACUGUUUUCAUCAUUACUGGCACCUGCGGAUCCAAAAGCAACCACACAAAAAAUGAGUAAAAUGCAAAGAUAACAGUGCCCAAAAGGAGUCUGCUGGAUUUCCACUGGAGGAGAAUUUAUCAUUGCAUUCAGGUGGAGUCUGACAUAAAAAUCAGUUAUACUCAACAACUUCCAUUGAGCUUUUUAUAAUUAUAUGGCAUUGCGACAUUCAACUGAUUCCUUAAAAACUGGCUAGCUGGUCUAUAAAUUAGUAAUUCCUAAUAAACUGUGAAAUAGAUGGGUUUUCUGCA